AUGGAACCAGAGAAUUUUACAAGCAGAGUGACAGAAUUUAUUUUCCUUGGCCUCUCAGCAAACCACCUUCUGAAUCACGUCCUGUUUGUUGUGAUCUUGAUAGUGUGUAUUAUAACAUGGUUUGGUAACCUCACAGUAAUCACCACAGUGAUUGUGGAUUCCAAGCUUCACUCCCCCAUGUACUUCCUGCUUGGGAAUUUGGCCUUCGUAGACCUCAGCGUGUCUUCAGUCACUGUGCCAAAGCUGCUGUGGGACCUGACAUCAAAGCAUAAGGUUAUUUCUUUUGGAGGAUGUGUGACACAAAUCUUCUUCUUUCACUUCAUGGGAGGUGCUGUAGUGUUCCUCCUCGUAGGGAUGGCUGUGGACCGUUAUGUGGCUAUCUAUAAGCCCCUUCAGUAUCCCACAAUAAUGAAACAAAGUACAUGUGUAGGGUUGGUGCUGGGAGCAUGGUUGGGUGGCUUUAUUCAUUCCAUCGUUCAGAUACCUCUAAUAAUGAGCUUAUCAUUCUGUGGACCUAAUAUCUUGGACAACUACUACUGUGAUAUACCACAAGUGGUCAGACUGGCCUGCACAAACACUUUUGUUGUAGAGAUGCUAAUAUUCUCUAAUAGUGGACUCCUCACCAUCACUAUUUUUAUCAUCCUCAUUGUUUCAUACACAGUCAUCUUGAUCAAGAUACGUGUACAUGUAGCAGAAAGUAAGAUGAAAGCUGUCUCCACUUGUGGGGCCCAGAUUAUGCUGGUAUGCAUCCAUUUUAUACCCUGCAUUAUCAUCUAUGGUAGACCCUUCCAGGAAUCUGUGGCAGAUAAGGGCCUUUCAUCCCUCUUCACAUUUCUCACACCAAUGUUAAAUCCUCUCAUUUAUACUAUACGAAAUACUGAGAUGAAAAAUGCUAUUGGGAGGUUUUAUAAACGAUUGCUUUGGUUAGACAGUUAG